AUGUCGUUUGACCAAGGGCGGGAUGCCCUUCGCUCCCGCGGUCACUCGCGGAGUCGAAGCGGCAAGGGGAGCGCCGACCUCACCAAAUCUAAAGCUCCCUCACAAAAGGCAAUGCUUUCUCGCGCAUUGGAAAAGGCGAACACCGCCGUACAGCUCGACAAUGCCCAGAACCUCGAAGGCGCCAGGCUAGCCUACUCCGAGGCCUGCGAGUUGCUGCAGCAGGUCCUCCAAAGGACCACCGGCGAUGAGGAUAAGCAGAAACUAGAAGCCAUUCGGCGCACCUACUCGAGUCGCAUAGAAGAGUUGGACAAGAUGGGUCCUUGGGACGUUGAUAGCAAUAAGGCCCUGCCGGCCCGUCCGGGAAGCGCCGAGUAUCAGCGGAGUUUUAGUCUUGACGAAGAAGGCCUCGCAGGAGAUGGGCCGACAAACGGGACGGCAAACACGGCGGGUCAUGCUAACCCAGGGUCUCGCCGUCCUCGAUCAUCGCGAGACACAUCUCCACAAACAAGGCAUCAGGAAGAGCGACAUCCCCGAAAUGGCAUGGAGGAGGGUUCUCGGCCCUCCGGUGCUCCGCAAAAGCCUCUACGAUCCAGCUUCUCUCGACCGCCGCCGCCUCGCUCGCGUCUCGGGGACGAGAGCCAGAGCAACGACUCUGGCAAUGUGCAAACACGGCAGCGGUCUCUCACGACAGACUCCUGGGAUGAGCCGAAAGAGUCAGCAGGCCAUCUCCGAGACGGCAGCCAGAACUCAUGGCUUGACCCAAUCGACGAAUCCGGCGGCUCCACCCGCUCCUCGGUUCACUCACGUAUAUCAUCUAUAGGCUUCCGAAAGAGACAUCUACGUAACACCAGUACAAACACGGAAGCCGAGUUCGACACGGCGCUGGACGCGGCCAUCGAUGCUGCCUACGACGACGGGUACGAACCUACGGGGGCAAACGGCCACGGCCCAGACGAGGCAAACGAGGAGGUUGUCAAGAGGGUUCUACGGAGAGUGGAAAUGGCGCGCGAGCGGGUACGACAAACGAAACAAGAGGUGUAUGACAGCGAGAUGCACCGACGCCAGCAGCAGCAGCGGCGGCAACGGAUUGCGCGCCAGAAUGCAACCGAGGGAUUCUACGAUGACGACUCAUCCGAGGAGGAGGAGCGGAUGCUGGAGGAGAUGGCGCGCGGCUACGGUAUAGACCACUUCAUCGUCGACCAGGAACGCAGACCAUCGGUGUCCCGACCAGCGUCCAGGGGCGUACCCGGCGGCUCAUCGCAGCCCCCUUUGAUGCCGAGCUCUGCCCCUGAGACAAAAGGGUUCUCUGGCAUGAACGGCAGACCAGCUCAGCGGAAGCCCGUGUCCAAGAAUUUGGAGCCAUCCGCGCCGCCGCCGACGCAGUCCUUGCCAGAGCUGCCGGCGCAGCGAUCGACAUCUGCACAAAGCGUGCGAAACCGCCGACUGUCGGGCCAAAAUCCAAAGCAGCUGAAAAUCGAUACGAGCGAACGUCGACCGCCGCCGCCCACGACUUUCGACGACUUGGCGGGACCCAUGCCGAAAUCUGCGCCCCCUACUGAUCAGAAUCCAGAACCCCAAGCCGGCGAUGCUGCUCGGUUGGCGAAGCGAAGAGAAUCACCGCGGACCGCCCAGAUUCCGACAAGCGAGUCCAUGUUUCUUGAAUCACCUCCGAACAGUAAGGGUCCGAUUGAAGAGGACGAAACGGCGACACGGCGCUCCGGUUCACCAUCGACCAAGAAGCUGCGCAAGAACUUUUCAUCCUCCAGUCUGAGGAGCAUGAAGAGCCGCAACGUGUCGCUCUCCAACGCCGACGACGGCAUGGACAUGUCGCCCGGUACGCCCUCGAGCAGCAAUCAGCUUGGCAGCGCCAGGACCGCCGUCAUGCCGACGCUCCCGACCCCGCUCUCGGCGGCAUUCCGAGAGAACACGGACGGGUCUGGCACAGGAGGUCUCCAGCUUUUCGAGGACAACUUCCACCUGCCCGGCAGCCCGAACACGGCCAGCGCCACGUCGCUUGACGGGCCCGUUCCGCUCGAACCCUGCCCCAACGACUUCAUGCUGCGGCCGUUCUGGUUGAUGCGGUGCCUCUACCAGACUCUUGUCCACCCCCGGGGGGGGUACCUGAGCACGAAGCUGUUCGUGCCUCGGGACGUGUGGAAAGUCAAGGGCGUGAAGCUGAAAAAUGUUGAGGACAAGAUUGCAAGCUGCGACUUUCUCACGGCUGCGUUGCUCAAAUUUGCCAAGGUCGACACCUGCGACGCCGACGCAGUGCUCGACGAAAUGCAGGCACUCGAGGGCGCACUGGAACAAAUCCAGGCCACGUUGAGCCGCAAGCUUGGGAACGAGGUUGGGGUGCAUAGCUCGGGCAUACUCUUCAAAGAGGCAUCCAACGUGGUGGACGGAGACGGGGCGUCUGCCGUACCCCGAGCAACCAGCAUUUCCAGCAAAUCGUCGUCGUUCUCCUGGCGGCGACUUCGGUCCAAGAACUCGGCUAUCGGGCUGGCUGGCACAUACAGCAACAGGCCUGGGGGUGCGGACGGCCCCAAGGAAAUUGCCACGAUGCCCACGCUCCCUAUGACGACACAGCCAACCAACCGUCCUGCGAAACGCGAUGUCGGACAGGCUCAGUUCCUCGGACCCAAUACGCACUAUAUGAGCUCGCUCGCACGCUUGUUUGACGCGGCUCAAGCGGUUGACCAAAUCGCCCGCCAGGUAGAGGAUCCCGGUCUCCGACACGCGGAUAAGACACAGGUGGGCCUGGAGCUCUGUACGCGGCACGCGGCCGAGUUCUUUGGGUUCUACAUUUGCAGGUUUGUGCUGACGGAUCUCGGGUUGCUACUUGACAAGUUCAUCAAGAGAGGGAGCGAGUGGGUGUUGGCCUGA